AUGUCCGUCGCGAUUGCCGGUCGGCCGGCUCCCUCGCUGGACCGAAGUCAGGCUCCAUCGUCCUCGCCGAGGGCGCUCUCCAACUACCAGCUAGGCGAUCUCCUGGGCCGUGGAGCAUCCGGCUCGGUCUAUCGCGCGCUCAACUUUCUCACUGGCGAAACAGUCGCCAUCAAAUCGGUUUCCCUCCUCACCCUUUCCCCCUCCGCCCUCCCAGACAUCAUGUCUGAAAUCGACCUGCUCAAGAACCUCAACCAUCCCAACAUUGUCAAAUACAAGGGUUUUGCUCGGGACAAGGACAACCUCUUCAUCGUCCUCGAAUACUGCGAGAAUGGCUCGCUCCAGACCAUUCUCAAGAAAUUCGGCAAAUUCCCCGAAUCUCUCGUCGCGGUGUACAUCAGCCAGGUCCUCGAGGGAUUGAUCUACCUCCAUGACCAGGGUGUCGUACAUCGCGACAUCAAAGGCGCCAACAUCCUCACCAACAAGGACGGGUCGGUCAAAUUGGCGGAUUUUGGCGUGAGCAGCAAGACGGGAGGGAAUGACAAUGAGGUGGUGGGAUCGCCAUACUGGAUGGCGCCAGAGGUGAUUGAGCAGAGCGGAGCGUCGACGGCGAGCGAUAUAUGGAGUGUAGGAUGUGUCGUGAUGGAGCUGUUGGAAGGCAGGCCGCCGUAUGGGGACUUGGCGCCGAUGCAGGCGCUAUGGCGGAUUGUCCAGGAUGAGAGCAUGCGGAUACCAGAUGGUGCCAGUCCUAUCGUCCGAGACUUCCUGUAUCACUGCUUUCAAAAAGAUCCCCAUCUCCGUAUCACCGCCAAAAAGCUGCUCAAACACCCCUGGAUGCUGUCUGCGCGCCGAAACAUCGAUACCUCUCCCCCGCCGUCCCAACCGCCGUCCCGAGAGCCUUCCGCACCGAUGGUGGACAAGGCGGAUAUGGGGACGGUUAGGCAGAAGAAGCCAUUGACGGUAUAUGAUGAGGCGGUCCAAAAGGUGCAAGAGUGGAACGAGGCUCUUAACGCUGCUCCCAAAGGCGCGCAUACUGUCCGUCGCAUCCCCUCGGCCCGCCCCAGAAACGUAUCCUCCGCUCUCCCCCUAUCCACCCUUCCAUCAUUUGCACUCCCGACUCGCUCGUCAGCCGACUCCAUAUCCGCCCAAGCACCUUCCUCCGCACAUGCCUCUCCAGCCCAUCCGGCCGGCCUCGUUGGCAAGAACCAGAACGUCUCGAAUGCGCUCAACCGGGCGAGAGAAUCCGAGGAGGCCGAAAAGUGGGAUGACGACUUUGCGGAUGUCUCGUUCUCCAAGCUUGGCCAUCACCGCUCAGACUCGACCAUGAGUGAGGAGAAUGAUCAGAUGACGCUCAAGGCGAUCAAAUCGCCCACGCCGGUCAUUAGGCCGUCAGCGUCUAUUCGGCCUCGCGUCGAAGCGUCUGCGAGUCGGGCUAUACCCGAGUCUACGCUCGAGGAUUACUCGGAUAUCGGGGUGGACGAGAGUGAGAUGGACCUGGAGAGCAAGCUGGCCAAUCUCAAGAUCAAAGGGAAAGGGCGUAAGGGCAUCCUUCACCCCGACGAUCUACGAAAGAUCAAGUCACUCAAGCCUGCGGAAGCUCCUCCACCCACCCCUCCCAAGCCCAUCCGCACCCUAUCCACACCGACGAAUGUCAAACCUACACUCUCCUCACUCGCUCCGGCUGCCACUCCAUUCGGAUCUACGCCGUCCCGACGCCGCGUCUCGCCCAAUCUCGGCCCACCACAGAGCCCACAUCUCGCUACUCGCUCUCCACCGGCUUCACGGCAGAACUCGCUCCGAGCCGAUCCGCCAAACGAGGUGGAUGUCGAGUUGCAAAAGUAUCAGGAGAACGACGAGGAUUGGGAUGAUAUGUUUGGGGAGACGGCAACAGGGGAGACUUUGGCCAAGUCAGCCGCCUCGUUACAGCUUACCCGACGGUCGAACCGGUCUUGGCGGUCUACAGAAGAGGAAGAGAUGGACGCCUUUGCUGGACUGGACGAUGACUUUGACAUGUCGGAGGAUAUCGAGGCAAAUCUGCUCCGGGACAAAAAGGCGACGCUGUGCGGCAAGAUUGAGAGGCUGGUCGGCGGGCUGGUCCCAAACGGAGAAGAUCUCAAGGCGGUCUGCGACGAGCUGCUCGUGCUGCUCGAAGAAACCCGGGAUCUCGGUCUGGAAAAUCACUUUGCCUCGGUACAUGGAAUGCUUGCUGUACUGGAAGUUCUCGAGUCGCGGAUCAGCCGAGACGUGGCUGUCAGGCUGCUGAGAAUCGUCAACUUUAUCGUCAGCCUCGACGUGGAUAUGCUCGAAUCGUUCUGUCUCAUCGGCGGUAUACCAGUCAUCAUACCCUUCACCUCGAAGAAGCACUCUAUCGAUACCCGCCUCGAAGCUUCCACCUUCGUCCACCAUCUCACCCUAUCGCCCCUCACCCUCCAGAUGUUCAUCUCGUGCCGCGGUCUCCGGAUCCUGGUCGAGCUACUGGACGAAGACUACAUUUCGAACCGCACCCUUAUCCUCUCUGCCCUCGAAGGUAUCGGAUCAGUAUUCGACCUCCAAUCGCCUACACCCCGAAAUGACUUUUGCCGGAUGUUUGUCCGAGAGGGUAUCCUCGACCCGCUCAGUACGGCCUUGCUGGCGAUACUGCGUGAUACGGAGUUGGGCGGUAGCAUCGGUAGUGCCGGUAGUGCGCUGUCCGGGAAAGGCAAGGAGAAGGAGAAGGAGGGUGAAGGAGAGUCGGAACAUGCCGAGCGGGCCAUGGCGGUCUUGCUAUUGUUCUGCCAGGUGGCGCAAGCGGAUGCGAGGGUCAAGGAGGCAUUCGCCAAUCGGACCAUUGUUAUCCGCUUGUUGAAAGCGUGCGAUUCCCUCUCGCGGAAACUGCUCGUCACCGCCAUCAAGGCCAUCAAGCACUUGUCGACUUCGCCGCAGCUCAUCGAGGUGCUGCAGAACUCGAAUGCCAUGGAAGUGCUGGUAGGGCUGUUGGGCAAGACGACGAGGGGACUGCAUAGUAACGAAAUCUGCUCGCAUAUCUUCCAAACGAUCUACUCGAUGUGUCGGCUCUCGAAAGCGCGUCAAGAAGAAGCCGCAUCGGCGGGUAUUAUUCCCUUGCUCAAGCGGGUCAUUCUGCAAAAGUCGCCGCUCAAGCAGUUCGCCCUUCCGAUCUUAUGCGAUCUGGCCAAUGCAGGCAAGGUCAGCCGAAGGUUAUUAUGGCACAAUGACGGUCUCAAGUUGUACCUCGACUUGCUUGAAGACCCGUAUUGGCGUGUCUCUGCGCUAGAUGCUAUUCUCGCCUGGAUGCAAGAUGAAACAGCUCGCGUCGAGGAUGUCCUGAUUGAACAACCUGGCUCGGAGAGCCUUGUCAAGUGUUUCGUCCAAUCGACGGGCGUCUCCAACGAGAGCAUCGUUGAUCCCUUCCUCAAGAUCCUCCGUCUGUCCUCUUCAGUCACAUCCACCAUCUCCACUCCCGCCUUCUUCCGUCGUCUCUCCGACUCCCUCGAAAAGACCGGUAAAGCCGUCACCAAGCUCAACCUCCUCCGUAUCACCAGGGUCGUCUGCGAACAUCACCCCGAUCGGCAGACCCUCGUCGAGCGCUUUGGACUGGCCGAUAUCGUCGAGCGCCUCGCCAAGCAGGACGAAGCGGUGCUCGUUCGUGAACUGGCCAAGGAGGUCAUUCCCAUUUUGCUCUUUGGCAAUACCAGUCCGGCGCCAACCAGCGCCGAGGGGGAACGCGCAGAGUCACAGAUGGGGCUCGGGGCGCCUCCGUCAGCGGCUGCUGGGAUUAUGGGUCAACGAGGCGGGAGUGGGAUGCGGCGGACAACGAGCGAGACCAUGCUGGAUGUGGGUCGAGAGCGGGGUGCGGUAGCCGGUACAGCGAUGGCGUUUGGCCCGUCAAUGGCUUCUGGCCUAAGCGCAAUAGCAGCUGGAGGGAGGGAAGGGGCGUUAUCUGCUCAGCCGAGAGGGGCGUCUCAGAGAGACAGGAUACGGCCGCUAUCCCGAGAAGAAGGGCGGGAACCGAGGGAAAGGGAGAACAGUUAUGGCUCAUCGUCGACCGCGUCGUCGAGAGUUGGCGGGAGCGCGAUUGGGACAGGCCCGCCUAUAGCUGGAGAACGGCCGAAACAUAAGCGAAGGAUAUCGCGGUCGCAACUGAGGUGA